ACCUUUGGCCAACCAUCAAAUAGGCAAUAGGCGAAUCACGUGAUAUAAAUAGAGAUCGUCUACGCAGAACCGCCAUUCUUUGCUUUGCUACGUGAGAGAACGUACAAGCAAAUUUCAGACUCUUCAGACUCGUUUUUUAAGCGUCAAAUUCUUCAACAACCCUCUGAAAAACACCAUGUCUUCGAUACGUCAAAAUUUCAAUUCUGAAUGUGAAGCUGCUAUCAACAAGCAGAUAAACAUGGAGCUCUAUGCUUCCUACGUUUAUCAAGCUAUGGCUUUCUUUUUUGACCGCGAUGAUGUGGCUCUUAAAGGAUUCCACAACUUCUUUAAGAAGUCAUCGGAAGAGGAAAGAGAACAUGCUGAAAAGCUUAUGAAGUACCAAAAUAUGAGAGGUGGUCGCAUUAUCCUUCAAGAUAUCAAAAGACCUGACAAAGAAGAGUGGGGAACUGGCUGUGAAGCCAUGCAAACUGCUCUUGUUUUGGAAAAGAAGGUGAAUGAAAGUUUGUUGGAAAUUCACAGAUUAUCUGACAAACACGGAGACCCACAAUUGUGCGACUUCUUGGAAGGUGAAUACCUUAAGGAGCAAGUUGACGCUAUUAAGCAACUCUCUGACUAUGUCACACAAUUGAAACGUGUUGGACCUGGUUUGGGAGAAUUCACUUUCGACAAGGAGGUUCUCCAAGAAUAA